AUGGCGAUUCCGAGGAUCUUGUGGAUCGUGAGGCUAUUGCUCUCUUCUAUAAUAGCGAUAGCAUCAUCAGCAGCAACAUCGAGAGGACAAGAAUGUAAAUGCAUCCCCUCCCAACCCUGCUGGCCCUCAGAAGCAACGUGGUCUUCCACCCUCAACACGACCGUCGCCGGCCAACUCAUCCGCAACGAACCCGUCGCUCUCCCCUGCUAUCCCGGUCCAGCGUACAAUGCAGCCUCGUGCGCGAAAAUCCAGACGCACUACGGCAAGGCUUCGUUCCAGGAAGAAGGGCCCGUGGGGUUUUGGUCGGGCUUGAAUGGUAGCAGCAGCAGUUGUCCGCCCUCACCACCUUCCGCCGGGCAGGGGAAAUGUACCCUGGGCGACGCGCCGGUGUAUACCGUCAACGCGACGGAAUGGCAACACGUCGCGGCGGGGAUUGCCUUUGCCCGGGAGCAUCGUCUUCGUCUGGUGAUUCGCGACACGGGACAUGAUUUGCUGGGGCGGAGUACCGGGUUUGGGAGCCUGCAGAUCUGGAUCCGCCAUCUGCGGACGGGCAUCGAAUUCCAUUCUGCGCUUUCGUCGGACGUCCAAGAACAACAACGACGAGGAGGACGAGGGAGUGCUGGUGGUGGUGAUGGUGAUGGUGGUGAUUGGACGGGGCCCGCGUUCACGAUCGGUGGAGGGUAUACGUGGACGGACGUCAACGCCGCGGCGGCGGAGAGGAAUGUCGUGGUCGUGGGGGGCGGGACGCCGACGGUGGGAUGUAUCGGGGGAUACAUGCAAGGCGGAGGGCAUUCGUUCGCGACGCACAAUUACGGACUGGCGGCGGAUAACGUCCUCAGGGCCAAGGUGGUGCUGGCGAAUGGAUCGUUGGUGACGGCUUCACCGACAGAGAAUCCAGAUCUCUUCUUCGCGAUUCGAGGCGGUGGGGGAGGGACGUAUGGAGUCGUAGUCGAGACGACCGUGAAAGCGUGGCCCGACACCAAUGUCGUGUCGCAGACGUUGGCUUUUGCGCCGCGGACCAGCAACGACACCGGCGUCUUCAUGGAUGUGUUGACGGACUUGUAUCAGUCGUUCCCCGAGCUAUCGAAAGGAGGCUGGUCGGGAUACGGCUCCUGGGCGGUGGAUGGUCCUGCCGCAGUCUUCGCCAACUUCACGACAGGAUACGCGCAUUACGCCGGAAACUUCAACAAAUCGCUAGCUGAGGCGCAGUCAUCUUUUGCUCCCAUGUCGGCCAAACUGCAAGAAUACAACGAGACCAGAUUGAUCGUCUCAUUGCAAUAUACCAAUCAUCCCACGUAUUGGCAAUUCUACCAGCCUUCAGAGCCGCCGGCAGGAACACUCGGGUACACUUCCAGUCGGUUUCUCGAUGAGAAAGCUCUGCUUUCGAAUCGCACCUCGCUACUUCAGACUCUUUCGACACUGGCGGGUUCCAGUGGCGAGUACACAUCUAACACCAAUGAGUUCUUUGGCGCAGCAUACGGGCGAGUCGCAGCUGAUGGCCGUACAAGUCCCGUCUCAGGCGUGAAUCCAGCAUGGCGGUCCAUGGUCGUCAAUCAUAUCGUUUCCCGCGGCUUCUCGCGGGACACUCCGGCGGCGGAAGUGGUCCAGAUUGGGCACGAUGUGGAACAUGUCAAAGGUACCGCGCUGAGAAGUCUGGCUCCAGAUACCGGAGUGUACAUGAACGAGGCGAAUUUUCUGGAUCCAGAUUACGAGGAGGAUUUCUACGGCAGUCAUUACAACAGAUUGCGGCGCAUCAAGAGGGAAUUGGAUCCGGAUGAUGUAUUCUAUUGCCAGACGUGUGUGGGUAGCCAUUCGUGGGUACAAGUCGAGAAAGGGCAGCUUUGUCGCAGCUAG